AUGGAACUCGUAUACGUGCAGCUAUUUCAACCGCACAGGUCAGUGGAACCGCACCUCAUUUGGAAAAGGCUCCUGCCGCAACCACGAUACAUCCCUAAUCGAGCCUGUCCAGAAACACCGGAAACUUCGGAAGAAGAGCUUGAUGAACCACUUUCACCUUUUCCCACUGCCAGCGAACCGCCAUAUUGCCAGCUGCACUAUUAUCCUACACCAUACUUGACAACAACACCAACAGCAGGACAGGAGACAAAGCCCUUCUACCGAAGAUCGCUACCGCGUUCCUCAACGCGUCACCAUAUUGGAUGCCAGAACCUCAUCCGACUCCGAAACUGA